GGCAAUGAGUCAGCUGACAGGUGAAGAAGUAGGUCGGGCAGUAGACAAGUCGGUAAAGACGUCGACCGGUAACCGAUGGCGCGAACGAAUGUUGUUGUGCUACUCUCGGUCUUGUUGUCGGCUGUGUCCGCCGGACUGUAUUUCAACAAGCAGCAGCCUUGUUAUGUCCGAGCGACGCCGAGGAAAAACGGCUUCGGACUGCGGACGUCACCUCGUCCUCACGAGUACUUGAGUAUUGUCGACCUGCCCAAGUCGUGGGACUGGAGGAAUGUGAACGGGACCAACUUUGUCAGCACAACUCGCAACCAGCACAUUCCUCAGUAUUGUGGCUCGUGUUGGGCUCACGGCAGCACCAGCGCCAUGGCAGAUCGCAUCAAUAUAAAGCGCAAAGGGGCAUGGCCGUCUGCAUACCUCUCAGUGCAGCACGUGAUCGACUGCGGCCAAGCAGGUAGUUGCCACGGCGGGGAUCACGGUAGCGUUUGGGAGUACGCAAACCAACACGGCAUCCCAGAUGAGACCUGCAACAACUACCAGGCUAAGGACCAGAAGUGCAAGCCCUUCAACCAGUGUGGUACCUGUACCACCUUCGGCGUGUGCAACAUUGUCCAAAACUACACUCUGUGGAAGGUGGAGGAUUACGGCCCGGUCAGCGGGAGGGAGAAGAUGAUGGCAGAGAUCUACGCCAGAGGACCGAUCAGCUGCGGGAUCAUGGCCACAGACAAGCUGGAUGCCUACGCAGGCGGCGUCUACUCAGAGUACAAGGAAGAACCCUUCGUCAACCACAUCGUGUCGGUCGCGGGGUGGGGAGUGGAGGAUAGUGUGGAGUACUGGAUUGUACGCAACUCCUGGGGGGAGCCUUGGGGGGAGAAGGGCUGGCUCAGGAUCGUUACCAGCGCCUACAAGGGAGGAAGUGGAAGUUCGUACAACCUGGCACUGGAGCAGGACUGCGCAUAUGGAGACCCUAUAGUCCCGAAAGACUACCGAGUCUAGUAUUAAUCCCAGGGUUCAUUGCUGUCUUUUUUAAUCCUCAUUGCAAAGGGAAUACGUGAGAUUUAGUUUUUUAAGUUUUUAAAUUUCAGUGCCAAUGUGGACGCUUGGAUCUAAGGUUUUGUUUUGUUUCUGAGAGGCUGUUGAACAGUCACACAUUUUGAAUGAUAACCAAUCAGGAGAUAGGACACAUGAUCACACACUGAAUUGAAAAUAUUAACGAACUUCAAUCACAAACAGAAAUCAACAACAUAUUUAGACACGCAUGCUGGAUCUGUGUUAAAAUAUCCACGGCUGCUACACAGCUGAUUAAAGUGUGCCUUAUGCUAAAACAUGAUCUUUUUUGGUCUUUUCACAAAUGUAAUGUACACAUUCAGACAAUAACGUGUCAAUAAAGUCUUUAAAGUGA